GGGCUUCUAAGAAUAUGGACUCAAUAAUUAAACAAUAAAAGCCCAAUCAUAUGAACCCCAAUAAUAGAGAGUAGAUUUAUGAAAUAAAAAAAUGAAGAAAGACAAUAAUAGAGCAUCAUUUUGAUAGGCCGACCACAAAUAGCCUUCCUUACCCAAUCCCCUCCAGAGCGGCGCGUGAUGUCCACUCUGUACGCCACCGCCCACUACUGGCUGGUGGAGCACCCCAGCAUCAGCCAAUACGAAUGGAUCCCCAACCAAUCCCCUGGCUCCACCCCUCUCUUCCUCUUCGCCACCGUGGCCACCUACCUCAGCCUCACCCUCCUCCUCUCCCUCCGCCCCCUCCCGUCCCCACCCCCCUUCCUCCGCCUCAUCACCGCCUUCCACAGCCUCCUCCUCUGCCUCCUCUCCCUCCUCAUGGCCGUCGCCUGCACCCUCUCCGCCCUCCACCAGUCCCCCACCCCGACCUGGCCCAUCUGCUUCCCAGCCAACCACACCCCGCCGCGUGGCCCCACCUUCUUCUGGGCCCACGUCUUCUACCUCUCCAAAAUCGCCGAGCUCCUCGACACGCUCCUCAUCCUCCUCAGCGGCGCCCGCGGGAGGAGGCGCCUCACGCUCCUCCACGUGUACCACCACGCGGCCGUCGUGGCGGUGUGCCGCGCCUGGGUGUCGGAGCGCCAGUCGCUCUUCCCCGUCGCGCUCGUGACCAACGCGGCGGUGCACGUGCUCAUGUACGCCUACUACCUGCUCUGCGCGAUUGGGAUAAGGCCGCGGUGGAAGCGCGUGGUCACCGACCUCCAGAUCCUGCAGUUCGUCUUCAGCUUCGCGGUGUCGGGCUGGAUGCUCCGGAUCCACUUCGGGGGCGGGCCGGGUUGCGAGGGGAUCCGGGUGUGGUGCGUUAAUGCGGUGUUUAAUGCGUCGCUAUUGGCGUUGUUUGCGGACUUUCAUGUCAACAAUUAUGCCAAGAGAAAGAGAUUAGCUGAGGAUGGGGAUAAUAAGAAGAUAUCGUGAAUUUUUUUGUAUUUUUAUCCAUUGAAUUUUAGAUUUCGAUCGUGAGUUUCAAAUGAAUUUGAUAAAAGCUUACUCCAAUUUUAAGAAAUGGAUUAAGAAUAUUAUCGUCUA